GCGCAGCAGGCCACGCGGCCCGCCCUCAUGAGCUGGGACGACAUGUCGGCGGCCGACUUCGAGGCCCUCCAGCGGGAGGUCGUGGGCAGCCUGCAGUCGGAGAGGUUCCAGGCGCGCCUCGCGCGCCUCGCCUCGGAGCACGACGGGUGCAG